CUAAGCGCAUAAUGACCUGACUUCGCCAUUGGCAUGACUCGCGCUUGCCAGAUAAUAGCAGUUACAUUAGGUUUAUCUUGCGGAAUAUACGUGGCGCAAUGACGUGCACGAGCCUCGUAAUGAUUUUUAUACUAGCAGUGCUGCCAUGCAUAUUUCGAUCGGUCCAAGGAGUGUCUGUCAAACUCGAAAAGGAUAUCCUAGAUAACAACACCUUUCCCAAGGAUUUUCUGUUCGGAGUUUCGACCUACGCACCUCAAUACGAAGGUGCAUGGAAUGUGAGCGACAAAGGAGAGUCCGUGUGGGAUCAUAUGAUUCAUGCAAAUCCGGGACUAAUAGAGGAUAGAAGUAACAUGGACGUAGCGUGUGAUUUUUAUCAUAAAUACAAAGAGGAUCUACGUCUGGCAAGAAGCAUCGGCACUCAAAUGUUCAAGUUAUCCUUUUCGUGGUCGAGACUUUUACCAAGUGGUUUUACGAAUCACGUGAGUAAGGACGGUGUACGAUUCUAUAACGAUGUACUUGACGAGAUAGCGGCGAACGGAAUGAUUCCUAUGGUUGUGCUGCUUCAAAUGGACCUGCCAUAUAAUCUGCAAAAAAUGGGCGGUUUAGCUAAUCCUCUGUUUAUUGACUGGUUCGAGCAGUACGCUCGAUUUGUUUUCACUACUUUCGGCGAUAAAGUGAAACAUUGGAUCACAGUUAAUGACCCAAAUUUGCUAUGUGCUGGUGGUUACGGCGACAUUAUGAUUCCGCUUUUGCAAUUAUCAGGAAUCGCGGAUUACAUUUGCGGACAUCACUUCCUGCUUGCUCAAGCGAGAGUCUAUCAUAUGUAUGAUCGUGAAUUUCGUCCCAGUCAGAAGGGUAAGAUAGGAUACUCUAUCUAUUUCCAAUACGCCCAACCAGCGGAUCCGUCAUCGCCAGACGACAUAUCCACUGCGGAAAGAGACUAUCAGUGGUUUCUCGGUUGGCUGUUGCAUCCAGUCUUCAGUAGCACCGGUGACUACACAGCUAUAAUGAAGGAAACCAUAGCUAAUCACAGUCGCAUACAGGGAUUUUCCAUGUCGCGUAUGCCGAGCUUCACGCAGGAGCAGAUUCAUGACGUGCGCGGCGCCUCAGAUUUCCUUGGAAUAAAUUUUUACUCGCACGAACUGGCAACGUCGUUGAACAACGUCGAUAUUCACUCUGUCGGUUUCGAUUUUGAUAGUGGCUCGUUGGCAGCGGAAGAAUUCAACUUUAAGGAUGCACCGGCUAUGUUCGGCAAACUAAUACGGCGUUUACAUGAAGAUUAUGGUGCUAUGUUUUACAUUACUGAAAAUGGUUUUUCGGAAGCCGCUUUAGAAGACAAGGCUAAGGUGGCGUAUUUGCGGGGACAUAUUGCAGAGGUGUUAAAAGCCGUACAAAAUGGCGUCAAUAUUCAAGGUUACCUGUUAUGGUCCUUAUUGGAUAAUUUCGAGCUGCCAUUUGGUUUUCAGCCAAAAUAUGGUAUUUUCCACGUCGACUUCAAGAAUCCGAAUCUUACCAGGACUCCAAGAUUGUCAUCCAAACUUAUAACUAAUAUUUACACAACGCGACGCUUGGAUUAAACAGCUUGAUAUUAUUCAAAUCACAAUGAAUGUUAAAUAUAAUCGGUAAUAUUGUAUAUAAUGAUAAGUAAUAAUUGAUGAUGUUUGAAUAUAAUUUAAGUGUACGAAAAAAUAAAGAAAAUCAAGAAUAUCAAUUGAA